AUGCCGCCUCAAGCCCCUUCGCAGCAACGGGGGCCACCUCGGCAACAUGUACCGCCGCAGCAGCAUGUGCACCAAGCGACAUCACAGCAGCACAUCCAGCCGCAGCAUCAUACACUUCAGCCGCAGCAUCAGCAGGUAUUACAGCAGCAGCCCACUCAGACUCAGGUGAAUCUGCCUGUGAAUCAGCAGCAGACCACAUUGCAUGCUCCUCCAAAGGCAUCGGCAAUGGAGGCCCAACCAUCGUCUUUUCUGGGGCAGCAGCAUGUGGAGCAGCAGCAGCCAUCAGGAAAGGUGUCAGUAGGGGUUGGUUCGACGGUCAACGCUGAUGUGAUGCAAGGAUCUCAAAUCUUCCAAGGCUCUUCUUCGGCAGCUGGACCAGGUGAAGUGCAAAUUGAGAACUCAGUGGUUGAUGCAGCAAAUGUAGGCUCUGCGGGUGUGACCCAGAAGACAGCUACUACUAAGAUUUGUAGAAGGUGUGGUGUGAAGGGUCAUCUGAUGUUUGAGUGCACGGCGACUGUGUUCUGUGAUAUUUGCAGAAGUUCUGAUCAUGCUAUGAGUCGGUGCUCGGUUCUCAAGCAACCGAAACCAGUAGCCCAGCUGGUUGGACAGGCUGCAGAUGCUCUUGCCGGUUUUCAUAUUCCACAUGCACCAAUUCAGCCGACAAAGAGAGAUUCGAGGUUGGUUCUGAUCUCGACUUCUGGUAAGAAUCUGACAGAGGAGGAUGUCGCUGCUUUUCUACGUGUAUUGGUUUCUAAUACUUUUGCUUGGGAAGUCAAAAGGCAAAGUGGCUCUGGGUUUAAGGUCCCUUUUCCUACAAAAGGUGAUCUCACAAAGAUGACGAGGUUCAAUGCAGAAAUGAAGGAAGGUGUGACUCUCAAGUUUCAAGAAUUCAAGGAAGAUGAGGAAUACUUUGGUCGUGCUCUACCUGUAGUUUGGAUGCGUGUUUUGAACCUCCCAACAAUUUUAAAAGAAUAUAUGAUUUUGUGGGCUUUAGGAACUCUUUUUGGAGUUACUCAGGAUGUUGAUAUGGUAACUUCCAGAGCAAGUAGCUUUGGCCGGUUUGCAGUGGCAGUGCUAGAACCUGAAGCAAUUCCGACAAAGCUAGAUGUCAUCAUUGGUAAUAGGUACUUCCAGUUACUUUUUGAGGUUGAGCCUUAUCUUCCAAAUAUUGGACUAAGAAAUAUUUGGAACACCCGAAACGAUGGCAAUUUAGAUCAUGGCAAUGGGGCACCAAAAGAUACUGAGAUGGGAGAGACACAAAAUCAUGGUGAUAAUACCUCCUCAGGUGCAAGUGUAGCAAAUGCAAAGAACAAUAUUAGUAUGGGAAAACAAGUAAAGGAUCCGGAAGCACAGAUGGAUAUUGAUCUUUCAGAGGAUGAUUUAUUGGGUGAGGAAAAUGAAGUUAGUGAGGUGGCACGGGAUUUUAUUGGGGUAAAAAAAAGGUCACUCGGUGAAUGUUCUUCAUCAGCGCCAGCUCGCUUACCGCAGCAACCAAGCCAAACACAGCAGCAGCAGCCUGUUCAAACGCAGCAGCUCACCAAGGGGGCGCGGGUACAGGCUGCGGGUGCUUUUGUGCCUACAGGUCUUGAUUCACAAAAAAAAUACAACCAGCAGUCUUCCGUGCUUGACGAGGAACAGGAUGAGGCUGCAUUGCUUCUAGAUGGGGCAGCAGAAGGUGUGAUUACGAUUGAUGAUCAACACCUUGGGAUCCUUUCUGAUGCUAUGGGAGAAGCUGGCCUGUCAGCUGAUGGUGGAACAAAGAAAGAGCUGGGAAGUAUGAUGACGAUGGUGGUGCUGUCAGAUGGAGAGCUUACCCCAGUAAGGCGUAGUAAGCGGAAUGCGGAUGUCGCUGAUGUACACGCUCUUGAAAAGGCAGAAAAAAUUGCUUACAGAAAUCUCGAGGAACCCCAAGAAAGAUUAAAACCAUCUAAUGUUGUUCAUUCGAUUGAUAAAGAAUUUGAAUCGGAGGAGGAUGAGAUUGAUCCUGAUACUUCCACUAUCAGUCAACUUUGUGGCGACUCGACGGAGGAGGUGAUGAACGAUAAUAGUGCGGGCCCUGAUGGAGUACUAGUUGAUAUACCCAUCAAGGUGGCAAAAAAUAGGAAAAAAAAGAAACUCCUCAAUAAGAAGGUACCAGCAAAGAAAAAAUUGUUCCAAUGA